CAAAAACAAAAGGUUCACAAGUAGAGGUUGUAUAGCCUGUAUUUGUGCCACUGAUUUAAUGAGAUCCAAACUGUCAGAGUUGCUAAUAGUUUAGUCCUCCAACUCUCACUGUUUUGUAUGCAAGGCAGAUAUAUUAGUUGUUGAACUCAGAUGUGCCUGAUUACCUCUGGCUUUCAAUGUGAGUUUUCUGACAUCUGGAGGCAUUCUUGUAUUUCCAACUGAAAACUCAUAGAAUCCAACUUCCAAAUACAAAUAAAAGGAACAUUUGUGCCUUCUGUGAUGUCACCAGAGAGAUAUGUGCUUGGAAGUGCAUUUGCAUAGUAGAUUGGAUAUUGAUUAAAUAAUAGUUUACGCAAAAUACAGAAACAACGCCCAUAAAAUGGUGUUCUGCUGGUGAAAAACUAUUUCUAAAUGGAUUUGGUUGAUUUUACAGAAAAUUAUGGCUAGAAGCUUUAAAUCAUGGCAGAAGUGAUUAGUAGUUAUAAUUACUGCACUUCAAAAAGCAGUCUGUGUAUCUAUAUCUAUAUAGCUAUAUAGUCUAGUAUAAUGUUGUGGGCAUUAGUAAAACUGCGACUUUACAAACCUAAAAAGGUGUAAUUAAGGAUUUUGGAGGACUUUUAAACGCAGUAAAUCAGUCGAUGCGACGUAUGAAUUGGGGGCGGGGACAGUACAUUUUAUUGUUUGAUGUUUGACGGAUUGAUGGGGGUUUGACCAAUAGGGUUCAAGAGUGAGUUCCCACCAGCCAAUCAGAAGUUAGAGCUGGGUCCUGGUUUGGCAUAAUUAAAUCCACUCCAGCGUGGUUGUGGUGGAAGUGUUUGGAGUUUGCCAUUAAAUCCAGAACACCGAAGGAGGAAGGCAACCACGUCUGGUUUAGCUAGUUUCAAGGCCGUCAAAACACAACUCGGCCUGAAAGAAACAUAAUGAAACAAGCCUCUAAAUGAGCUUUGAAGAGGGUGGAGUGACUUUUUUGAAGCUGGAGCUGCUUCCUCGUUCGACAGAGGGGUGAAAUAUCUCAUCAUCCUCACAAAGAAACUUUGGUUUGCUAGGCUGCUAACUCGCAAACGACACAGGCAACAACAAAAAAAGUAUCACCAGCGAAGGCGUUUGCACAAUAAAACGUUUCUAUGUCGAGCUGGGUGAAGUAAACCUCUUUAAUUCACUUGAAAGUGUUAGAUGUGCGGUUCAGGAGAGAAGUUUGUAACGGUUUCGAUUAAUCAUCAUCACUACAGGAGGAAGAGUUGCAGUGGGUGAAUUAGCCAAGCUACGAGCAGCGGCCCCCCAUUACAGCUUCUCAAUCUGGGCUGCUAGUUUUUAGGUAAUUAUUUUAAGCUGGUCCCAGGUUGGUUCACGCAGACAUGUCUGGCCGAAGUGGAGCUGGACAUCCCCGGCCUGGCUCUCUGGGUCUGCAGCCCCUCAAGGCGACUGUUCCCUUCAAGCUGGCCAGCAAACCUCGACCAAACCGGAGGGAUGGGAAGUCAGCUGGAAAGGCCAAACUGAACCAGCUGAGCUCGGGCAUGAGACGGACGAUGUCCCUGGACGCCAUCAUCGGGCCUUACCUGCAGGGACACUGGCCGAAGGAGCCAGAAGCCCAUUGCAGUCCACCCUGCAAGGACAAAUCAACCCAGACCCCAAACUCAUGGGUGGACAAGUCCCAUCGCAGGCGAGCUAGCAACAGCAGCAGCCACAAACGUUCAGCAUCCUGGGGCAGCACUGAGCAUCUGCGAGAGAUCGCUAAACUAAAACAACAACUGCAGCAGGGCAGCCGGCCUGCAGCCUCUGGGGUGCAUGACAAAGAUCGUCAGUGUUGUUAUCCUCCUGGGAGCUGUAGCCUAGGAGAAACUCAGACUGGGCCCAUUCCCAUCCCACUCUCUCCCCUGUCUACCCUGGUCCCUCGACUGCGCUGCAGUGUGGAGGGCCUCAACCAGGAGCUGGAGGGCAUGUUCAUCAGUCAGUCUCCACCUCCACAGCACAGGCUACUAGAAGUUCCAGACGGUCACCGUGCUCCUGUCCCUCUGCACAGCUGCAGGAGCAGCUCACAAAGCGACUGUGCCAACACACCCCUGUCGUCCUCCUCCAACUGCUCCUCCCCCUGCUCCUCACCUCGACCUAACUCUCUAGAUACUUCUCUGGACCCUCACCAAGGCUCGGCAGAGAAGUGUCAUCUGUCUCCAGCGUCCUCUCAAAGUGAGGCGGAGUUGCCUCUGCCACCACAAAUCUCCUCGUCUCCAGGGCUCAACAAAAGUUGCUGCUUCCAGAGAGAGCCUCCAGAGGGCUGCGAGAAGGUCCGAGUCUGGGAGGAGUUCAGCAGUAUUCCACAUCAACACAAGGAAGCCCUGGUCUCCUCCUGCCCAGAUCCCAACAAGGUGAACUUCACCCCCCAUGGAGGCUCAGCCUUCUGCCCCGUCAGCCUUCUGAAGCCCCUGUUUCCUUCCAUGGAGCUGUUGUUCCGGAGCCUCACAGUAUCUCCCGUCGGGAACUGUUCGAGCCAGGGAACGAGCUCCUGCCUGACGGCUUCCUCUGGAAACCAGGUUUCCUCUCCUGAUCCUGCUGGAACCUCCACUGUCCUGGGAGACGUUUCGGGAGAGGGCCUCGCCUUCUGAUCACAGCUGCAGCUCUUUUCUGUGAAAAUGGUGAUGCAGAUGUUUAGCUGGACAGGACAGGUGUGUCUGAACUGCUCUUUAGGAGGGGCUUUUCUUCCUUACAGGUCUAAAAUAAUCCGAUAUAAGUAACAUUGGAGGUGAAUAACAUACAUGCAAUGACUCAGCAGUGUAAACACCCCUGGUAAAAUGCUACAGCUGAGACCGUGAUGAAUAAUUCCAAACUUUCUCCACCUUUUAAUGCGGAAAUUGUUUUGCUUGAGUUAGAAAAACAUUCGCAGCAUUUGAUUCAGCUACAGCAGUCGAUUUUCUUUAGUUGGAGUCUUUCCUUUUAACAUCUUAUAUUGACCCACUCUAUUUGGGGAAAGUUCUCCAAAUCAGUCGGAUUGUAAGGAGUAGCUCAGAGCCCCCUUCCGUGUCUCUGUUGUCCCAUAUUUUCCUAACUGUUGAGAACUGUUCUCCCAGUGACAUGGCAUAUAAAUAAUGCUACGGAAUUUUAUUUGUAGCCUUCUUAUGACUGGUACCUUUGUACGAUGAUCCUCCUGGCUUUAGCUAACAGAUGUCAGGAAAAUCCCACUUAGACAGCAGGACUUUAUUUCAGGUUGAACAGAUUCACUAGAAUUGAUGGCAAGUAGCUCUGGAAUGCUGUAAUCAAAUCAAAAUGAGUGUGAACACUUAUUGAACCAGUUUAUUGCUGCUCUUGUUCUACACCUUUUUCCUCUAACAGAUGUUUUCUUUUCAGUUCAACUGGUCAGAACAUGUCGCUUUGAAAGUGGAAAAAGUUUUUGAGUUUAUCAGGAUUUCAUUUUCUUUUUUCAUUUUACCAGGGGUGUGUACUCUUUUGAGAUCCACUCUAACCCAAAGGAAAGAUCUUAUAAGCUAUAGUUCUUGUUCCCAAGAACUCAUCACAUUUAAAUCAGGUUCGAUUGGUUUAUUAUCCAAAGAAAGUUCUGGCCAAAAAACACAUGAAACUGAGCUUUGACUUUGAAGCUUUGUUGGAUGACUGACGGCUCACUUCCUGCUUAGAUCCUCCCUUUUUUCUGUUUUUUUUUUUUUUCAAAGAACUGAUGAUAUCAGGCAUGUUUAUCGAUGUUUGUCCGAAAAGUCAGGAGGCUAGGCUCUCAUGAGAACACCUGGCUAUUGUUGAAAUGGUUUUUUUUUUUUGCUUAUUAAGUAUUCAAAGAUAUUUAUGUGCAACGCGAUGCUGCACCUGUUGCUUGUGCGUGACAAAUCACCUGGUAAUCUUUGCUUGAUUCAAGAGAAGACAAUGAAAUCGCAUUUUUUAUUAUACUAGACUAAAGGGAAAUUUCAUUUUGUUGGAGUUGGGCAUCAUUUAUACCCAAUAGCUUCAGCUCAUGCAUUCCUGCUUUAAGGUAGUUCAUUGUUUUUUGUGAAAAACUUUGUAUGAGUUGGUGGAUAAAGACUCUAUUUUUCAAUGUUUCUAGGUGUAUUCUUGAUAUUAUAGUUUUGAGGUUUCACAGCCUGGUUGACUACCUAACCAGUUUUAGUGGUAUAGAUGCGUCAUCUUUAAUUGUUUGCUUACAUGUUUUUGUUCUGCCAAGCUGACAAGUCGAUCAACUAGUUUCAUUUCUGGUAGACACGUUUGCACAAAUUGAACUGCUACCUAUGAGUCGCAAUUCUUUACGUUCACGUUUGUACUUCGUUGUAAAUCUUCAGAGUAGUAUAGUGUAUUUUGUACGUCUUUAUCAGUUACCUGCAGCAUAAGCUAAAAAAAAAAAAAACUCCUGCUACUUGUAGUUUAGUUCUGUUGGUGUUUGUUCGUGGCAGGUAUUUCAUCAUCGGGUGGAGUUUUAUGCACUUCCAGGAGAGGAUGUUUAUUUUUUUCUCCCCUUUUUAAAAAAUGUUUUUAGUUCUAAUGUCUGAAAGAUGUUGUGUGAGAGCAGGGAGGCGGAGAGUUGAUUGAUCUUUUGACUAACAUGUAGUUUCAGUGUCUUUUUAUUUUUUAGAAAUGUAGGAGAAUAGAAGCGUUUGUUUUCCAUAUGACACAAAAAUGUUUCCUUUUGUUUGGAUGUUGGGAAUGUGCUGUUCUCUCAGGUUCUGUGUUCUGUCCACAUAAAUAUAGUGUGACCAUAAA